AUGGCAGCACUUGUCUUAGAUCAGAACAUCGUCAGCGCAGCGCCCCCGUCUUUUCCUUCCCAGCCACUUUCGAUGGACCCGUCGUGCCCUCCGCAAGGCAAUUCUCCAGCAUGCGCAGGGCAGGUAAUAGCAGGUAAUAGUAGGACGCGCCUUCGCGCCAUUCUACCACGCCCAGGAGCGGGCGGAUGCAGCAAGAAGCGGUCCACUCCCGAUGACGGGCUGGCCGGACAGGAGCGCCCGCGGAAGCACCUCGUGACGCCGUCCCCUCAGCUACCGGUGCCACGCGCCGGCCAAGGGAGCGCCGCGCUCGCUCCUCGUACUCCCUCUCCCAUCUCCUCGUUCACCUCGUCUCUAGCUCUAGCGGCGCAACCUACACCCGGCGCACUCCUGUCAUCACCUCCCGCUCACAAUUCAUCACCGCUGUCCUUCUCCACGACUCCGCCGCCGCCCCUGCUGGCUCCGCGAGCGAGCUACGACCCGUUGGCGUUCGCGCGUGGCAUGCAGGCGCUGCACGGCACGGCGCUGGGCCGCCUCAUGCACACGGCGCCCGACAUCGUCGUCGACGGCAUUCCGCGCCGCCUGCUCACGCCGUCGCCUGGGAGCACCGCAGCGAAACUCGGGCUACUAGCGCCCUGCGUGGCGCAAGUGCUGCAGCAGUCCGUUCAGCCCACUACGGUUGCAGCGGCGCAAGCCGGAAACUACGCCACCUGGUCGUCCAUUUGCCCGAGCCCUCCGUCGCAGCUCCCUGUCGCAUCGCCCACGACGAGCAGCAGUCCAGUAGCUUGGGCGCCACCCUCAUCGCUGGUCGCGGCGUCGCAGGCUCCCCCGGGCAACAAAGGUGCUGCAGCAGCCGUCGCACAAACUCCCACUGCCGUCGCUCCCGCUUCCACGCUGCAUGCACCGUCGUCAGCCCAGGUGUUCCCCCCAGCGCACGGCUCCGCAGAGUGGCCCGGAAGCACGCCGACGACGUGCCAGCCCACGACGCGCGUGUCGCUCAGCGCGUGCAGCGACGACGGCACAACGGGCAGCCUGCAGGUGUCGCACAUGCUUCCCCCGCUUCUACCGUUGUCGUCGGGGUGCUUAUCGCAACCCGCCAAGGAGCCCUGGCCUCUCGAGCGGAACCAAUCGGUGACCAGCAAACCCGCUAUCCAGCUCACCGCUCGCGGUACCAGCGGCGCUGCCGCAGCUCCCGCCGGCGCCCAGUGCUUUCCGUCUUCCGCCUCUCCCUCGUCCUUUCCGGAACAGGUUGCGGCCGUCCGACCUUCCCAUGAGAUGACAGCGCGCGUGAAUUGCGGCAACGGGGCCCCGCAAUCGCCUCUCCACACCUUCCUCACCUUAGCGCCUCCAUCUAAAGGAUCGCCCUCCACUCUCCCGACAAACCCAUCCUUUGCGGGGGCUGCACCGUCGCACGUGGCAAGUGUGGUGGAGGCACAAUCGCUGGCUGAUGAUGACUCGCUUGCUGUAGAGUCGCUGCUGCUAAUCCGUGCUCUGUGA